CUACAACGCUGGGAUCAGCGCGUGCGAAAGGGGCGAGCAGUGGCAGCAGGCCCUGUCGCUGCUCAGCGAGAUGCUGGAAACGAAAUUAGAGCCCAAUGUUAUCUCUUACAGCGCUGGGAUCAGCGCGUGCGGCAAAGGCGAACAAUGGCAGUGGGCCCUGUCUCUGCUCAGCGAGAUGUGCGAGGCGAAGAUGGAGCCCAACGUCAUCAGCUACAGCGCUGGCGUCAUCGCGUGCGAAAAUGGUGCCCAGUGGCAGCAGGCCCUGUCGCUGCUCAGCGGAAUGAGGGAGGCGAAGCUGGAGCCCAACCUCGUCACCUACGCGUAG